AACUACCCCCAUACCCUCCUCAGAGCACUAAAACACACUCCAGCUCCUCCUACACUCAACCCAAAACAUCCCCCGAAAUGGCCGCCGCCACGAUGGCCCUCUCCUCCCCCUCCCUCGCCGGCGAGGCGUUGAAGCUCUUCCCUGCCGCCGCAUCCGUCGGCGGCGGCCGUGUCACCGUGCGGAAGACGGGUGCAAAGCCCAAGGCUGGGUCGUCCGGUAGCCCAUGGUACGGCCCUGACCGCGUUUUGUACUUGGGCCCACUCUCUGGGGAGCCCCCGUCCUACCUCACCGGCGAAUUCCCUGGUGACUAUGGUUGGGACACCGCAGGGCUUUCUGCCGAUCCUGAGACAUUUGCCAAAAACCGUGAGCUCGAAGUCAUCCACUGCAGGUGGGCCAUGUUGGGUGCUUUGGGCUGCGUCUUCCCCGAACUCUUGGCCCGCAACGGUGUCAAAUUCGGCGAGGCCGUGUGGUUCAAAGCGGGAGCCCAAAUCUUCAGCGAAGGCGGGCUCGACUACCUUGGCAACCCGAGCCUGAUCCACGCACAGAGUAUCUUGGCAAUCUGGGCCUGCCAGGUCAUUCUAAUGGGUGCCGUCGAGGGUUACCGGAUUGCAGGUGGGCCCCUCGGUGAGGUGACCGACCCGCUUUACCCAGGCGGGAGCUUCGACCCACUAGGAUUAGCUGAUGACCCGGAGGCCUUCGCGGAGCUGAAGGUGAAGGAGAUCAAGAAUGGCAGGUUGGCCAUGUUCUCGAUGUUCGGGUUCUUCGUGCAAGCAAUCGUGACCGGCAAGGGGCCGCUAGAGAAUUUGGCCGACCACCUCGCCGACCCGGUGAACAACAAUGCUUGGGCCUACGCCACCAACUUUGUGCCCGGCAAGUGCCCCGGAUUUCCCAACAACCCUCUCUACCCCAAACCACACCCUUUAAAUACCCCCAAAACUACCCCAUACACUCCUCACAACACUGAAACACACUCCACCUCCUCCAACACUACACCCAAAAUAUCCCCCGAAAUGGCCGCCGCCACGAUGGCCCUCUCCUCCCCCUCCCUCGCCGGCGAGGCAUUGAAGCUCUUCCCCGCCGCUGCAUCCGUCGGCGGCGGCCGUGUCACCAUGCGGAAGACGGGUGCGAAGCCCAAGGCUGCGUCGUCCGGUAGCCCCUGGUACGGCCCUGACCGUGUUUUGUACUUGGGCCCGUUGUCUGGGGAGCCCCCGUCCUACCUCACUGGCGAGUUUCCUGGCGACUACGGUUGGGACACUGCGGGGCUUUCUGCCGACCCCGAGACUUUUGCCAAAAACCGCGAGCUCGAGGUCAUCCACUGCAGGUGGGCGAUGUUGGGUGCUUUGGGAUGUGUCUUCCCGGAACUCUUGGCCCGCAACGGUGUCAAAUUCGGCGAGGCUGUGUGGUUCAAAGCCGGAGCCCAAAUCUUCAGUGAAGGUGGGCUCGACUACCUCGGCAACCCGAGCUUGAUCCACGCGCAGAGCAUCUUAGCAAUCUGGGCUUGCCAGGUCAUUCUGAUGGGCGCCGUCGAGGGUUACCGGGUUGCGGGCGGUCCCCUCGGUGAGGUGACCGACCCACUUUACCCAGGAGGGAGCUUCGACCCGCUAGGGUUGGCGGAUGACCCGGAAGCCUUCGCGGAGCUGAAGGUGAAGGAGAUCAAGAAUGGCAGGUUGGCCAUGUUCUCGAUGUUCGGGUUCUUCGUGCAAGCAAUCGUGACCGGCAAGGGGCCGUUGGAGAAUUUGGCUGACCACCUCGCCGACCCGGUGAACAACAAUGCUUGGGCCUACGCCACCAACUUCGUGCCUGGCAAGUGAGUCGGGUUCAGGUUCGGGUUGGGGUCUGGUUCGUCGGUGUUGUCACAUUGUUUGGAUUGUGAUUGGUUGAGAGAGAUUAAUUGGUUGGAAUGGAGCUAUUUGUGGGAUUUUGUAACAUGAUGUAAAAAUUGAUAAUGAUGAGAGUGUACCAACUAUUUCCUCUACUA